CUAAAGGGCAAAGACGUAUUUUUAGUCGGCAGCUGGUGGAUUUCCUCUCACUGACUCGCACCUCGGAUCUGUGCCGGAGGGAAUCUGUGGGCUGCGGUACGUUCGUCGGGGGGCCAUCAUGGGGAAGAGCUGCAGAGUCAGCAAGUUGUGCGUUCUGUGCGUGGUCUUAGCCCUGGUCUCCGUGGCAACCAUUGUCACGUUGUGGACUGUUGCCCUGACGGGAGGGGAGGACGGCGAUGACGUCACAGCGCCGUGGGACAGCCAUCGUCUCCCUGACGAUUUGGUCGCCGACCAUUACAAUGUCACCCUGUGGCCUCGUCUGACCCGCGACCCCAACAUCGGCCUCUACGUGUUCACAGGAAAAUCCACGGUGGAGUUCGAAUGUGUGAAAGAAACAGAUCUGAUCCUGAUCCACUCCAACAAACUUAACUACACCACGCUGAGCAACACUCACACCGCCGGUGUCAUCACCUCAGGUGGCGGAGGCUCCGCCCCCGGCGUGAAGUCGUCCUGGCUGCAGCCGCAGACUCAGUAUCUCGUCAUCCAGCUGAACAGCAGAUUAACCGUGGGACAGAAGUAUCAGCUGUACACUGAGUUCACCGGAGAACUGGCCGAUGACUUGGCCGGUUUUUACAGGAGCGAAUAUGAAGAAGAUGGAGUCCGAAAGAUCGUCGCCACCUCUCAGAUGCAUCCGACUCACGCCAGGAAAACCUUCCCUUGUUUCGACGAGCCAGCGAUGAAAGCUGUUUUCUACAUGACACUCAUUCACCCCCGCGGAACUGUGGCCCUGUCCAAUGGCAUGGACAGAGAAAUUGUUAACACCACGAUUGAUGGAGUCGCUGUGACACAAACUGAGUUUGAGCCGACCAGUAGGAUGUCCAGCUACCUGCUGGCCAUCAUCAUCUGUGACUACACUUACGUCAGUGCCACACAAGGAGACAUUCUGGUCCGUAUCUGGGCUCGCAGGACGGCCAUCGACCAGGGACAAGGGAACUACGCCCUCAACGUGACUGGACCUGUGCUGAACUUCCUCCAGUCGUACUAUAACAUCUCCUACCCUCUGUGCAAGUCCGAUCAAAUCGCUCUGCCGGACUUCUACUUUGGGGCGAUGGAGAACUGGGGUUUGGUGACGUACAGAGAGACCAGGCUUCUCUACGACCCCUCGACCUCCUCCAACAGAAACAAAGAGUCAACUGCCACCAUCAUCGCUCAUGAACUCGCACACAUGUGGUUUGGGAACCUGGUGACUCUGCGCUGGUGGAACGAGGUCUGGCUGAACGAGGGAUUCGCGACGUAUGUGUCUUACCUGGGAGCCGAUCACGCUGAGCCUUCGUGGAACGUGAAAGACCUGAUAAUACUCAACGACGUCCACAGAGUGUUUGCAGUCGAUGCCCUGACGUCCUCUCAUCCUCUGUCCUCUGAAGAAGACAGUAUCGUCCUUCCAGACCAGAUCAUUGAGCAGUUUGAUGUCAUCUCUUACAGCAAGGGUGCAGCAGUGUUGCGGAUGCUGUCUGAUUUUCUCUCCGAGUCGGUCUUCGUCCAGGGACUCAACACAUACCUCAAUCAAUUUGCCUACAGUAACACUGUAGGAGAUGACUUGUGGUGCCAUCUACAAAUGGCGGUUAAAGCCAAUAAUGUUUCGCUUCCCCGUCCGGUUUACGACAUCAUGAACCGCUGGGUGCUCCAGAUGGGCUUCCCUGUGGUUACCAUAGAUACCACCACAGGGCAGGUAUCCCAGAAACACUUUCUGCUUGACGCAGAGUUCAACGUCACAGUCGAGUCGCCCUACAAGUAUGAGUGGCUGAUUCCAGUUCGGUGGAUGAAGGCCGGUGAGGUCCAGGGAGAUAUCUGGUGGCUGAUGGAGAAGGAAGCUGCAAACUUUGAGAUGAGGACUGGGGGUUCGUGGGUUCUGGCCAACGUCAACGUAACUGGGUUUUACCGGGUCAACUAUGACCUCGGUAACUGGGAGCGACUCCUCGCUCAGCUUCAGUCAGAGCACCAGGUUAUACCCGUGAUCAACAGAGCCCAGCUGGUGGACGACGCUUUCAAUCUGGCCAGGGCUCGUCUGGUCUCCACGACUCUCGCUCUGAGGACGACCUCCUACCUGUUGGUGGAGACGGAGUACAUCCCCUGGCAGUCCGCUCUGGACAAUCUGCACUAUUACUACCUCAUGCUGGACCGUACCGACGUCUACCAGCCUAUGCAGGACUACGUCAAGAAACUGGUGACCCCUCUCUUCCUGCAUUUUAAGAAUGUGACAUCAAACUGGACCCGAGUUCCUGACAGACUCACUGACCAGUACAACCAGGUGAACGCCAUCUCUAUGGCCUGCAGCACGGGAGUGACCGAAUGCCAGAACUUGACCACCGCGUGGUUCAAACAGUGGAUGGAGAACCCCCAAAACAACCUGAUCGAUCCCAACCUGCGCUCGGCGGUCUACUGCAGCGCCGUGGCGGCCGGCGACGAGGCCGAGUGGGAGUUCGGCUGGUCGCAGUUCGAGAAGGCUACGGUGGCCAGCGAGGCCAGUAAACUCAUGUCGGCGCUGGCCUGCACCGCCAAUGAACGACUGCUGAAACGGUAUCUGUCUUACACCUUAAACCCCGAGAGGAUCCGUAAGCAGGACGCCACGUCCGUCAUCACAGCUGUCGCCAGCAACAGAGCGGGACAGAGUCUGGCGUGGGCCUUUGUCCGGCAGCAGUGGGAAUACAUGUUCACUCAAUACGGCGUGGGCUCCUUCUCCUUCGCCUCUAUGAUCAACGGAGUCACCGCCAGAUUCUCUACAGCCGCGGAACUGGAGCAGCUGCAGCAGUUCGUGGAGGAGCAGAACGGUGCGGCCGGCUUCGGCUCGGCGUCGCUGGCCGUGGAUCAGGCCGUGGAGAGGACGGGGGCCAACAUCGCCUGGCUGCAGCAGAACAAACAGGAGGUGGGGGACUGGUUCAACGGCCAGACGGGACCUCAGACACACUGAACACAGACGAGAGCUGGGACUCGUCUCCCCUCAAACAAAUGUUCUCCUGAACAAUGACAAGUAAAUCAACUGGUACAGCUUAUAAGAUUUAUAUAUAUAUAUAUAUGCAGAUGUUAUGUUAAUGGGUGAUAUUUAGUUUGCAGGACCCAAGGAGCAGAUGUGACACAGAGCAGAAAGAAUAUUCAAUAAUAAAGAGACUUACAGUUUGUUGGAGGGUUGACAGGCGGAGAGGCGGCGACGACCAGGAACCAGGAAGAACGAGCAAAGAGAGUUGCGUGACGUCGCUCUGAGGGAGACGCCAGCUCGUCCUGGAGGAUGCUUCGGUCGCGCGGUGCCGCUAGAGAUGCGCGAGCGUAUGUUUGUGUAAUGAUUUCAAUCCUGACAAAGGCACAUUUUUGUAGUGAUUUUUAAUAAAUAGCAGAAAGCCAUAACAAGCCAACCCACAUCUUAUCGGUCUGAUUUGUCACGGCCACGGACAGAAAUGAAUCAAACAAUGAAGCGUUUGAGUUUUUGUUCACGGAGGGAUGAAAAGAAAGAUAAAAAUUAAAACAUUCAAACCUAGAAAUAAAACAACAAUAGUCUCGUCUUUUAGCUGCUUUACGGUAACGUGACGUCAGACACAGAAUAAACAAAGACGCAACUAUUCAUGAAGCCAUUUCCAACACGACACAUCGAACAGAGACAAACGAACGUUAUACGAUCGACACGCGAGCAGAUUUCAUUUGGAUGAUUUUGCAAGUAGUGGAUUAUUUUGACUUAAAAAGAAGAAAAAAACUUCUAUUAAAGGCAUUUUGUUUUACAUCAUACUCAGGAAAAAAGAUUAUUCAGAACCCAAAAAAAUCACACAUUUCUCAUUGAAAUCAUGGCGAUUCAAUUCAUAUCGAUCUUUUCAUCUAGCUGAAGGAUUGUCAACAGAUAACUUGUAUCGAGGAUGGAUUUUCUUACUUGAUGAGGAAAAUGAGUGAAGCCGCAGGAGUCGGAGACGGAGACGAAGACGAAGACGCACUGAUGAUGAUGAUGAACCGUCGAUCGUACUCAUGCAGGACGACGUACGGCACAAGAGACGAACUGUUGGACUUUAACAUACAAAUAAGUCGUACCUCCGCAGCAUUCACUGAUAUCAAGCUUCUCUAUUAGUUUUGAUGCAAAGAGACGUUCAACAGCAAAUGGCCUGGAAAAAAAGGAAAUCAUGCGCCAUCUACUGGUAAUGAUUAGAAUGACAGACGAGGUUAAUGCUCAGAUACUCUCAGUUCAACCUACGGAGGCCAGACAGUGUCUAUAAGCUAAGUUAUGAUUUGUCUUUCUGCAGAAAUCAGUAAAUAUUAGAUGAAGUUCUGAAAUAUGUCCUCGGGUGCAUUUUUCUUUGUCGGCAGGAUUAAACACACACAAAAAAUAAAACCGAUUGCCCAGGGGGCGGGGCAUGA